GGCUCAAUGAGACCUUUGUUACCCGGGCCCAAGUCAGGGUUGAAGGAAUACCUGACUGCCCCGCUGCCCGGCCCACCCCCACGACCGCUGUCCUCGGGUGGGGGAGGGGCGGGUCACAGUGAGUCAAGUUGAGUCGGGCACGGCUCAGGCCUGGCCGGCGCUGGGCGGGCAGAGGAGGGAGCAGGCCUGCCCUUGCCGGGCGGGGAGCUUCUGGGAUGAGUGGAGGAGUAAGUGGCGGCCCGGAAGGCAGGAAGUAGCUCUGCGGGACACUUCGAGGGAGAGGACUGCCAGAACAGGCACUGGAGGGGCAGUGGGGUGAAGAGGGAAGAGGAUCCAUGCACCCCGGGACCAGAGCUGCACCUAGACCUGGAGCGGAGCUGUGAUGCUCAGAGCUACUUGCCCGGUCUUCUCUGGUGAGCGCCCCCAGCCUGGCCCAGGGCAUGCCCCAGUUCACUUUCGCCUGCUUCUGUGGCCUCCACGGCUUCUGCAAGAUGAAGAGGAAGAAGGAAGAAGUUCACAGACAGCGGGAAACGGCAGUGUGAGCAGAACCAGGGCCUCCUCGUCAGCCCCCAGCAGGUCCCAGCCUGAUGGUGGCGGCUUCUGGCUGGGGCUCAGAGCAGAGAGCCAUGUGGGCGUCUGAAGUCUUGAUUUAGCUGGUGCUCUUCUCAGCCUGACUCUACCCCGAGGGCAUCGGCCUCCCCUGUGCCUCCCAGCCUCCUGCCCACACCCAUGAGCUUGCAGCCCUGAGACCUCCCUGGAGAAAGGCCCUGGCUGCACAAGGGGAAUCCCAGGACCUGCCAGAGACUGAGAGGCCCCAGGGAGGCCAGGGUGUGCUCUGGGGACUGUUCUCAGGGUGACCCCUCCCUGCGCUGUGCCUCCCGGGGCUAGGAGAGCUGUUGCUAAAUGGGAAACUGGCUGCUCUAGCAGGGAGACUCCAGCAGCCCGGACCCUGGGGAGGCCUCGGGCAGGUUGGCAGGUUGGCAGGGCAGAGGUGUGAGACAACCACCCCCAAACCCAGGAUGGAGGCUGUCCUGGGACCCCAGGACCUGGGGCAGGAGCCUCUGCAGAACAGCUUCACAGCAGCGUCCUCCUGGGCCAGGUGCGCCAGGGCAGAGGUGGCCAGCCAGUCAUGAGUAGCAGGGCGGGGGCCCCUGCUCGCCCCCGCACACCAGAAAGCUCUCUCUCCCCCAGCCCUGGCCCUGACCCACCCACUUCCAUGACGUCUGUGCCUCCCUGGCAGCAGCACAGAUGUGGGGAGGCCUGGUCCCCAGGCCCCGACUCCCCUCCUCAGGGACUGUCUGUGAGCGGCCGGACCGAGGGACCCGUCUCCCGGACUAAGCUGUGUCCUCCCUUUGUUCUCCUGUCCCCUUGCCUCACCCCUGCCUCUUCCUCCUCUCCUCGGAAGCCACAGAGGGGCUGUGCGUGCAUGUGGUGCCUUCAGGGGGAACUCUUGGGGUGGGGGGACCUCUAGGACUUCCCUUGACUUUCCCUGUAAUCCCACCCCCAACAGCCUUCCCCUGCCCUCGCCCCCAGCCCACUUCCAGGAGGUAGGAGGCAAAUGAAAAAACAUUUCCCUCUUUCCCUCCUCUUUCCUCCCUGCCCCAUUUUGGUACAACUUAGCCUCUGUCUUUGGGGCUGGGGGACACACCGCAGACAGGAAUGCCGGUGGUAGAGACGCUCAGGCCCAGCCUGUCACUCCAGGGAACUGCCCAGCCCCAGCGCAAUCAGAUCCGGCCAGCACCCAGGGACGGAGUAACCCUCGGCCGACUAGCUGGCGACCCAGGCAGAGGAGGUCGGGGUGCAGGACAGGAGAGCCGCGCUCCGCAUCCAUGGCAUGUGGGCAUCUCUGGGCAACUAGGGCGGGCAAGAGGCCUCCUUGGCAGCUUUGCCCAGAACCUGGGAGAGGCAAGGGCACACUCUGCGCUGGCAGCCUUUGCCUGUCCAGCUCAUGCCCACGCCCAGGGGCGUUUCCUGGACUUUGGGCAGAUUUGGUGGCAUCCAGGCUGUCUUUGUGAGGCCUGAGCACAGCCAGAGUGCCCUCCUCCCAUCCUCCAACCCCUCCUUGGCCCCCUCCUCCCCGCCCCGCCUUCUACAAUCUGUUAUUUCCUUUUAUAUCCAAAGAAUUAUAAACAGAAGUCCUUCCCUCAAGGAAAGAGCAAGAUUCAGCAAUAGAGUUCAGCGGGGUCACAGGGACAGGAGAGAAACUCCCUGGUUCUUUGUCCCCUUGGACAGUAGAGGGCUUGGGUGAGACGGAGAUGGGCAGAAAAGCAUUCAGGGGCUACCUUGAUACAGGGGCCAGACAGCUGGCCUUGGGGGCGCGUGUGUCCCUAGAGGUGGCCUGCAAGGCUGCAGUCCUGGAGAAGUCACUCCUGUGGUGGCGGAUGAAAUUGGACCCCCAGAGACUCAGAGGUGUUGGGUGUUGUGUCCUGACCACAUGGGCUCACCUGGAGGGAAGGUCAGGAAAGUGGAGAACAGACACUCCGGGGAGGGGGUGACCAGGGAGAGCUUUCCCCAUGUGCGCAUCUCAGAGCUUGGCAGGGAUCGCAGCUGCAGGGUUUGGCGGCGAGCCCUUUUAGAGCUCUCUUCCCCUGGGAGAACUCUCUUGGCUCCAGAACAAUACUGGAUAUCUUGAGUCCUUGCUAUGGGAACAUGGGUAGGGGCCCAAGGUCAAGGCAUUCUGAGUGGAGGUCCAGCUGGUGCCUGCAGACAGCUGUCCUUAGCCUCCAAGCUGGUAGACUCCUCCUCACCCAGGGCUAAGGCUGGGGCCAACACUGCAGCUAAAAUGGCCUGAGUAGGAGGCAGCAGCAGGAACAGCAGCUUCUAGCCAGACAUACCCCACUUUCUACUGUCCCUCAGUUUCCUUCUCAGAAAAAUGGGACUUUGCUCCUCUUACCAUCUUGGGAAGUGAUCUGGAUUCCUGUUCCCAUCUCUAUGUCCUUGGGUGAGCCCAGGGGACAGGUUCAAUCCAAAAAGGCCGAAGCAGCCCCAGCAUCCACAGACCAUGCACCCUGGGCCUCUGACUUUGGUCCAGGCUUCUGUUCCUUCUGGGCCGGGCCUGAGUCUCAUGCCUUCCCAGAUGUCUGGCCGGAUAAUGUUGCCCUAUUUCAAAUUCCCUCCGCUCCCUGCCUGAGUAAAGGCCACUCCAGGGUUUCUCCCAAAGGCUUCACCUUGAGGUGGGGGCCCUGAGCUCUUGGGCUGAGGCAGGGCUGCGUGGGUAGAUGAUUCUGCGGAGGAGGCCAGGCCUCUUGUUCUUGCUGCACAGCACUGAGCGCUCCUGGUAGAUGGGUGGGGGUCCCACCUCCCUGGGCUCCAGUGUCCCCAUCUAUAAAGGGACUUCCCAUGCCCAUUUCCCCUCUCGGGCUUCAGGCCACUGAACAGAGGAGCAAGAAGUGUGAAGGCUGCUUGGGGGCCUUGUGACUUGAGUGCUGCCCGGGACCCUGGCCCGUGGGACGCAAGGGGCUUCUUGUCUCAGGUUGAAACCUCUUUAUUAGAAUGUCAUUUCCUUCUCCACUCCCAGGGAAGGGCUUUUUGAAUGUAGCAUAUGAGUCCAUAGAAAUAUAUAGGGAGAAUUGUUAUUUUUGCCAAAAAAAAAAAAAAAGAGCAAUAAUUUAACUAACUGUAAUAUGCAUGAGGUAGUACAAUGGGAGCUCUGAGCCAGGAACUGGGUCUCCUGGGUUCUAGCCCUGCUUGGAAACUAAUGACUAUGUGGUCUUAGGCUAAUCGUGUCUUAUUUCUGGGGCUCAGUUUCCUCAACUAUAAAGAGGGGAUCACACUCAUGUCCUCUAAGUUCUUUUUGUUGUUCGGGGCUCCAUGAGUCUGGGAAGUUGAACCGCAAUGGGGCUCAGGGCUGUGGAACCAGAGGGGUCGCGGGUUUCCCGUGCCCUAGCGGACGCGUUCUGUGCAGACAGCAAACGUGCAUGGGGCGGGCGGGUGGAAGUGAUAUGGUGGCUCUGAGAAGUGGUGGUGGAGUGAGAGGGAAAGCCGAGUCACCCGGAGCUUCUGCCAGAGUCCCUCCUCAGCCAGGGCCCAGGACUCUGCAGCGCUGCCUCUCCUGGCUCCUCCCGCCAGGCCCAAGGGGAGUAAGUCAGUUGGUCUGGACUCUGACUCUGGGCCAUCACGGGUGCCACUCUUGUGCACACUCCUCUCUGCCACACACAUGUCACCACCCAUUCCCUGCAGAUACUCGAGGGAUUCUAGAAGAGAUGUCAAAGGCCGGUGCCCUGCCCCAGUUCUGUAACCUGUGGACUUCCCUUUGCACAGCUGCUCCUGUGCCGUCUCCAAGCUGAUCAAACCGCCCACCUCCUGCCUUGCCUUCUGCAAGGGGAAGUACCUCUGGCUGGAAUCUCCCUGUCCCUAGACCGAAUGUGAAUGUGCGUUUUGCCUGGUGGUUUGGGACAUGCUGGUAGUGGGGUGGGCUGGUGACUGGAUGGAGAGCCGCAGGCCCCAGCUCCCCCGAGUUCCUCCGCAAAUCGCUUCCUCUCUCCCAGCUCCCUCCAUAUGAGGUGGCGAUGAGUCCUAUCCCCUCCCUACCUCAAAGGAAGGUGCCAGUGUAAGGGCACAUGGUAUCAGAUGUGCCUAGAUAUGGCUGGAACUUUUGGAGACUUCACAACUGUGAAGAUGGGCUUUUGCCAGAGAAGGAAAUCUCGAGGCUCCUGUGGUCAGUGAGCUGCAGGCUGGUCCAGGAAGUCAUGUUCGUCCUGAAGGUGGCUGCUGUGCCCAGCAGGUGAUGGGCUGACAAUACCGCAAGAACCAAGGACCAGAACCUAUUCCCAAAGAAUGAACGCUCUAUCCCUCUGACACAAAAGCAAGAGCAAGAGAUAGCUGUCACCACGUCACCCUGCUCCCAAUGCAAACACAGCUCCUGAAGUCUGUGUUGCUAAACAGUCGAGGACCAGGAUGUCUGGCUUAUCGGAGUGAGUCCUCCAGACCCCAUGCCAUCCCUGGAGUGGCCAGUGCCCCCUGUGUUGGGGUUGUUGUAGCCAGUCCUGCCUGGGCUCCCUUCUCUAAAUUCCCGUGGGAUCAACGACAGACCAUGAAGAGGAAACAGAAACCUUGGCUCUUCUCAGGGAGCCCAGGAGGCCAGGACCGUCCACUGGAGGGUGAGUGGUGGCUGUCCAGGGCAUCCUUGGAGGAACUCCUUAUGCUGAGGAAGAAAUUCCAAAAGCCAGGAGCCCCCAAACCUGGGCAGCCCGGGCUCUGGCAGAAACCCCCAGGGUCUGGAGUUCAAGGGUUUUCCUGGUGGGCUACUGGUCUCUCUCCCUUCCCUUCUGGGGCAGCCAUCUCUCCUUCAGCGCAUUGCCGUGCUCCAUCUGAGGGGCGGGAGGAAGGCAGGAGGGGGAGAUGGCAGGACCCAGACAGAUCCUCAGGACUCUCCCAGCCUCUGUUGCCAUGGCAACACUGCUAUUUUUAUCCUGUUGUUCAUGAUGCUCAAAGCUCUGACUUUCUCUGUUCCAUAGAGGCCAGGCUGGCUUCUGCCCUCAUCCUUCAACACAGCACCUUCUCCCAGAGGUGCAAGGAGGGGAAAAAAAGUGAUGGAGGAGAGGGGAACCCACUAGGUCACCCCUCAAUGAGGGGGAACUGUUCAACAAGAAUUUGCCUCUGCAUUUUUUAGCCUUUGGUUUCCUACCUUGCUUGGCACCCAGUUUUACAUUUUCUAGGAGAUCAAAGCUCCCCAUGGGCUCCCUGAGAGGCUGCUCCAGAGAAAAAAAGGAAGAGCCGCUGCUCAGGGGCUCUGAUUUUCUUGGGAAAAUCAGACCUGGUUCUGAGGAAUGUCCUGUUGGUGUAAGCCAACCCUUGGCCUCCUGAAAGGGGAUAAAGAGCUAAGUUUGGUUAAUUAGCAAUCAAAUACACUCACUGUCACUGGGGAAUCUAAACCAACACUUCCCUUUCUGCUGUCUCUCCACCAAAGAACUAGGACAAAUGGCUCCCUGCCUUUGUCCAGUCUUUCUGUCCAAAGCAAAAUAGCACAUAUUCUCCAAGCUGGAAAGCAGGCUCCUCCCCACCCCCAGUUGGGCAGCCACAUUUCUUUCUAGGCUCUUGAAGGCAGGGUUUCAUGAAAAGCUUUGUCAGAGCUGUUUGUUCUCUGUCUCUUCUUCCUGGCUCAGCCUCUGGUCCUCUCCUUAUGUCCCCACCUCCAUUGCAGUGGCAGGAGACCCCUGAGAGUCAAUGGUGCUAAUGUUCCCCACCUACAUGCUCCUAUGUAGGUUAGUGAGAUUUGAACCCAGCAGCUGGGGUGGUUGGGUUGGGGGUGGUGCAUUUCACAUCCUCCAGACCACGACCCUGGAGACAGGUCCAGGUCUAAACGCUGUAAAGUAGCAAUCUGUAUCAUGCUAAACUCCUGCAUUGAGGUUCUGCCUCAGAUGAACUGACUCUUGGAUGGUUAAUUUUCCUGGGGUGGCUGGGGCCCAUUUACUAAGCUUCUAAUUGGUUUCAUUUUGGCUCAGGUUGCAUGGUUUCCUGAAUCUAUGCACCUGGAGUAAGCACUUUUCUGGUUGCCACUGAAAAGCAUGUCGGCAUACGCUGCUCUGUUAAUUGCUGUAAUAAACAGACUUUAUUAUA